AUGGAAUCUGAAGGUGUGGCUAUAGCGGAACAGAAAGACCGAGGUCUUAAGAGUAAAGCAUUAAGAGAUAUCAUUAAUGGGUCUAUAGCUGGUGCGUUUGGUAAAACGAUUGAAUAUCCAUUCGAUACUGUGAAAGUCAGAUUACAAACCCAGGAUGCCAAAGUUUUCCCCACUACUUGGUCCUGUAUCAAGUAUACUUAUAAAAAUGAAGGUAUAUUGAGAGGAUUCUUUCAAGGUAUAGGGUCUCCAGUUUUUGGUGCCUCACUGGAAAAUGCUGUGCUAUUUGUUUCUUAUAAUCAGUGUUCGCAAUUGUUAGAGAGACAUUCUAAAGUCAGUCCACUACAACAGAUUUUACUGUCAGGUGCUUUGGCUGGCUCUUGCGCUAGCUUAGUGCUUACACCGGUUGAAUUAGUCAAAUGUAAACUACAAGUCUCCAAUUUACAAAAUUCAAUAAAUGGAGUAAAGAAACCUACGAAGAUCAUACCGACAAUUAAAACUGUUCUUCAAGAAAGAGGGUUCCUAGGUUUAUGGCAAGGACAAUCAGGUACCUUCAUCAGAGAAUCAUUUGGUGGUGUAGCAUGGUUCUCAACGUAUGAGAUAUUGAAGAAUUACCUGAAGGAUAGGCACGAAGAUGGUAGGGAUAGUGAUACUUGGGAACUACUUCUCAGUGGUGCAACUGCGGGUUUGGCGUAUAACGCCAGUAUCUUUCCAGCGGAUACAUUGAAAUCAAUGAUGCAAACUGAAAAUAUUGGUCUUCUUCAGUGCGCCAAGAGAGUUAUUGCCACAUCCGGCAUAGCUGGGUUUUACCGUGGGCUGGGAAUAACUCUGAUUAGAGCUGUCCCAGCAAAUGCUGCUGUUUUUUAUACCUACGAAAGCCUUUCGAAACUAAUUUAA